AUGUAUUCUAGAAAAUUUCUUGAAAAUCCUGAAUUAGAUCAAGAAUUUAAGAAAUCAGUCAAUAAUGUUAAUGAGAAGAAGAAAGGAGAUUUAUUGAUCAUAGAAGAUGAGGAAAAAGACGAUUUUCUAAAGGAACCAGAAGACAUAUAUACAGAUAAGUCUUUUUUUUUAAAAAAAAAUAAGCAAAAUGAGGAUAUUUCAUUAACACCAUCGACGAAUAAAAUAUCGUUAGAAUCAUUAAAGAAAAAAGAAUCAGAAUACAAUGUUAAUGACUUUUAUACAAUUGAUUGGGUAGAUGAAAAUACAAAAGAAAGAUAUCGGAAAGAAAAGCUUCGAGAAUUAAAAGGUAUUCGAGGGAAAGCAAUACGUUUUUGGGAAUUUAACCAAGUAUGGUUUAUUAUUGUUGCCACGGGUAUUUCUAUUGGUGUUAUAUCAGGUUUUAUAGAUAUUGUUUCUGGUUGGCUUUCAGAUAUUCGAGAAGGGUAUUGUAAAUCAGGAUUUUAUUUGAACCACAUUUUUUGUUGUUGGAUUCCAGAUGACGAGAAGACAUGUAGUGAUUGGAUCUCAUGGGGAGACUUGAUUAGUUCAUCAAGAAGAAAAUCGUACAUUAUCUCAUAUAUUUUCUAUGUUAUCAUUGUUACGCUUUUUGGAGGCAUUUCAUCAUUUUUAGUUAUCAAUUAUGCACAUUAUGCAAAAGAAAGUGGAAUAUCUGAAAUAAAAACUAUACUCAGUGGCUUUGUUAUGCAUAAUUUUUUUGGAAAAUGGAUACUACUUAUCAAAAGUUUAAGUGUAUGUUUCUCUAUAGCAUCUGGUUUAUGGAUUGGUAAAGAAGGUCCUUUAAUUCAUAUAGCCUGCUGCUUUGCAGACCUUUUUUUUAAAAUUUUUAGUACUUCUAAGGAAAAUCAAGCUAAAAGAAGGGAAAUAUUGUCAGCAGCAGCAGCAGCAGGAACUUCUGUAGCAUUUGGCGCACCUAUUGGCGGUGUUUUAUUCACUCUUGAGCAAUUAUCAUAUUAUUUUCCUGAUAAAACUAUGUGGAAAAGUUUUGUAUGUGCAAUGAUUGGUGCUAUGUCUUUGAAGUUUGUAAAUCCAUUUAGGGAUGGAAGACUUGUUAUUUAUCAGGCUUUCUUUAAAAUAGAAUGGUAUAGUUUUGAGCUUAUUCCAAUCUCUUUAUUAGGAAUAAUAGGGGGAUUAUAUGGACAUGCAUUUAUUAAAUUAAAUGAAAAAAUACUAAAAUUUAAAUAUAAAUAUCAGAUAUCAAGGUUCCCUAUUCAAGAAGUAUUGAUUGUUGUAUUUAUAACUGGUCUCGUCAAUUAUUCAAAUAUUUUUAUGAAAUCUCAUCAUUAUAAACUUCUGGCAAAAUUAUUUCAAAAAUGUAAUGAAAAUGACGCUCUUGGUUUCUGCUUAACAGAUAAUAUUCUAUCAUCAGCACUCAUGCUUCUACUUGCAACAAUAUUCGGAACUUUUCUUUGUGUUAUUACUUUUGGAUUACAAGUUCCCUCUGGAAUUAUUUUACCAUCCAUGGUUAUAGGAGCUUUAUAUGGAAGAUUAAUUGGCAUAAUUAUCCAGUAUAUACAGCAUAAAGUACCUUCUGCUCGAAUUUUUAGUGCAUGUAAGCCCGGUGUAGAAUGUGUUGCACCAGAAAUAUAUUCUAUUAUAGGUGCAGUGUCUGCACUUGCUGGAGUAACAAGAAUGACAGUAUCCUUGGUAAUUAUUAUGUUCGAGUUAACGGGUGCUUUAACAUAUUUACUACCAAUUAUAAUUGCAGUAGUAAUAAGUAAAUGGGUUGGAGAUGCUUUUGGAAAAUACGGAAUAUAUGAAAACUGGAUUUAUAUAAAUAAUUAUCCGUAUUUAAGUAAAGAACUAGAUAUCAAACAUGAUACCAUAGAAAAUUAUAUCACAAAAACGAACAAUUUAGUAACUAUUACUGCUAAAGGGCAUACAAUAAAAACUUUAGAACUCUUACUUAAAAACUACGCUUACAGGGGAUUUCCUGUAAUAAAUAAUAGUAAUGAUGCAAUUCUUAUAGGAUAUAUUUCGCAAAAAUUCAAUAAUUAUUUCAAAAACAGUUAUUGUUAUUUCACCGACACUCAAUUCCUAGAUCCAUCAACAUAUAUCAAUCUUGGACCAUGGAUGAAUAAAUCACCAUUUACUUUAUCUCCGAAAAGCACAAUACAUUUAACUACUAAUCUAUUCCAAAAACUUGGAAUACGAUUAAUAUUAUUUACUACCAAUGGCCAAUUACAAGGCCUAAUAACCAAAAAAGAUCUCAUUAAAAGAAUCUUUAAUACAUAA